AUGUUAGAGGUGCAGGAGUUGUUCAAAAGCGCCAACAAAUUGUCUCGAUCUGAGAAAGCGUUGAUUCUUGGAUUUCUGGCGGGCAACAAAGAGAACCCGUUUCCACAUAUGGGUAAUCGAAUUUCAAUUCGCCUAAGCGAAAACGAAGAAAGUUACACUUGUCCUGAUGGACAAGUACGCCAGGUAAUCGUGGAGACUCUGCUUCAAAUGGACUACGAAACGGGCUUGUGCAAGAAGCUGAAGAAAGUGAAAUCUCAAGAACCUGAGAAAACGCCGAUUACUACUUGA